AUGUAUCGUUUAUUGUUUUCGUUCUCUCUCUAUCUUUCAUUCAUUCAUUCAUUAUUUCUUUCUUUCUUUCUUUCUUUCUUUCUUUCUUUCAUUCUUUAUUUUUCUUUCUUCCUUUCUUUAAUUCUUUGUCUUUUUAUUUUCCCUUCAUUUUCUCUCUUUUUUUUCCUUUUCUUUCUUUCUUUCUUUCUUUCUUUCUUUCUUUCUUUAGUUUCCUUUUUCUUCCUUUCUUUGAUUCUUUCUUUGUUUCUCUCUUUCUUAUUCUAUCCCUCUCUUCCUUUUUUCUUUCGUUGUCUUUUAUUCCUUAUUUCUCUAUUCUCUUCUGUCUUUCCUACAACAACUUGUUAUUUUUUCUUCUUGUACAUCACUUUUCUAUUGUUGUUUUUUUUUUCUUGUGCUUGCCUUUUUUUCUUUAAAUGUUUUUCUUUCUUCCUUUGGGUUAUUCUUUUUUCUUCUGCAUUUGAGUUUUCGUUUCCUUUUCUCUUCUUUUUCGUUAUUAUUUCUUUCUCGUUUUUUUCCUUCUUUCUUUUUAUUUCCUACUGUUUUCACUUGACUCUGUUUAUUGAGAGACAUCAUUCAUUAGUUUCGCCAACUGAUGUAUCAUUUAUCGGUUGCUUUCUUUUUCUUUCUUUCUUUCUUUCUUUCUUUCUUGUUUUCUUUCUUUCUUUUUUCCUCUUUUUUUCUUUCCUUCUUUGUUCUUUUCGUAUGUCUCUAUUCUUUCCAUCUUUUCUAUGA